AGAUCUGAAAAUUCUUCCUUCAGUAGGCCAAUUCCACAACAUAAACGAAGCUUUCUUUGUCGUUGAGUGUAAACGUCUAUUGCGAUUUUUGCGAUUUACCUGAAUGGAGGAAUAGAGUUAUUGAAUUGGUUUGAGAGAGGAAUCUCCGGACAGGAUUCUUGGGCCGUUGCUAUGGAUCUUGGGUUGUCGGUAAACUCUGACGGUAAUGAAGCAUUCCAGCUGCCAACACCAAAAGAACAGGACAUUAAAGUAGAGGACAUUAAAGAAGAGGACUUUAAAGUAGAGGACAUUAAAGUAGAGGACAUUAAAGAAGAGGACAUUAAAGAAGAGCAAUAUGAUCAUAUGGUCACAUGUCAAGACGACGAGGACAAGCCGCUCACAGAGCUGCUCUGUAAAACUGAGUCUUUUGGCUCUAAUGAAGCAUCACAGACAACAGCAGAGGUUGAAGUGAAAUUAGAGGAUGAUGAUGAAGAAGAAGACCACGACGAUGAGGAUGAAGAAUACCAAGACGAUGAUUCUCCUCAGGGAGACCCCGUGUCUCUGGCCCAGAUGAAGAGGGUAUCAGUGGUGCUGGUGGACUGCUGCAGACCACAAGGACGACGAGGGAAGGAGGAGGAGAUGCAGAUGCUGACCAACAGAGAUGCACAUCAGAUCGAGACCAACCCCGUGUCUCUGGCCCAGAUGAAGAGGGUAUCAGUGGUGCUGGUGGACUGCUGUAGACCACAAGGACAACGAAGGAAGGAGGAAAUUCAGAUGGAGACCAAAAGAGAUGUGCAUCAAAUCGAGACCAAUACAACAGAACAGAAGAUCCUCGGACAGCAUGAUGAACUCGACCUGCAACUCAAAGGAAGGCUGCACCACUGCACCGUCUGCAGGAGGAGUUUCACGACCCUCAGAGAACUUGAGAAACACCAGCAAACACACUCUGUUAGUGCGAAUGAAAAGCCAAAGACUCAUCAGUGUUCUCAGUGUAAAAAAAUGUUUGUGUCAUCUUCAUCUCUUCGACGGCACAUGCGUACACACACUGGAGUGAAGCCUCAUAAAUGUGACCAGUGUGGAAAAUGUUUUUAUAAAUCUUCAAAUCUUAAACAUCAUAUGUUUGCACACACUACAGAGAAGCCUCAUAAAUGUAUCCAGUGUGGAAAAGCAUUUAAAGAAACUCAAACUCUUAAAUACCAUAUGCUAACACACACUGGAGAGAAGCCUCAUAAAUGUGACCAGUGUGGAAAAGGUUUUAUUAAAACUUCAAAUCUUAAAACCCAUAUGGUCGUACACACUGGAGAGAGGCCUCAUAAAUGUGACCUGUGUGGGAAAGGUUUUCCUGUAACUUCACAACUUAAAUCCCAUAUGAUCACACACACUGGUCAGAAGCCUCAUCAUAAAUGUGUCGAGUGUGGAAAAGCAUUUACAGAUAUUCGAACUCUUAGAUCCCAUAUGCUAGUACACACUGAAGAGAGGCCUCAUAAAUGUGACCAGUGUGGAACAUUUUUUAAACGAAUUCGAACUCUUAAAUCCCAUAUGUUAAUAAUACACACUAGAGAGAAGCCUCAUAAAUGUGACCAGUGUGGAAGAGGUUUUAAUCAAAUUCGAAAACUUAAAGCGCACAUGCUUACACAUUUAGGGGAGAAGCCUCAUAAAUGUGUCCAGUGUGGAAAAUCUUUUCGGGCAACCGAUCUUAAACACCAUAUGCUUAUCCACACUGGAGAGAAGCCUCAUAAAUGUGUCCAGUGCGGAAAAGGCUUCGCACUAUUUUCAAAUCUUAAUAAGCAUCUAGUAGUACACACUGGAAAGAAGGAUUAUACGUGUUCCCAGUGCGGAAAGUCAUUCGCCCGCCAUCCAACUCUGAAAGCGCAUAUGCUACUGCAUACGGGAGAGAGCCCUCAUGUGUGUGCCCAAUGUGGAAGAGCUUUUGUUUUACCUUCACGUCUGAAACGCCACAUGUAUAUACAUACCGGAGAGAAGCCUCAUAUAUGCGUUCAUUGUGGAAAAGGUUUUGCACUAACAUCAAAACUUAAAUCCCAUAUGCUAAUACAUACUAGAAAGAAGCUUGAUAAAUGUGUUUAGUGUGGAAAACAUUUUCCACUGGAAUCCAACAAGCAAAUUGUGUGUAUUUUACUCCCACUAACAUUAACACUUAACUUCACUUGGGUCAUGAAGAUCAAUUCCUACUGCUUCUUAGCUUGGUGUACUUUCGCAGCUAGCUAGCUAGCGGGGAAAUGUUUGAGUCAAUCCAGGUCUAUUCUGGCCACAACUUCAGAGAAUGCAAAUGUCAUGCUUAAUUGUUACAUGUACGAAGGGGUCCCUCAAAUUGUAUGGCUCUGAACAUUGUGCUUUCCAUUUGUUUACAGUACUGACUGCGCAAUAGAUUUUGACUGGUUGCAAGUUGGUUACAAGAAUCAAAGGACAAGUUUGUGAGAUGCAGGGUACUGUAAAAAUUGGGGUACAAGGAGGAGGAGGAACAAAAAAAUGCAAAGAGCAAAGCAAAGUACUUGAUGUUUUCGUUCAUCGAAAGACAAUGAUGGAAAAAUAUGAAAUUAGCUUUGAGAUUAAAAAUGUACUUCUCCCUAAGAACUA